CAUGCUUAGUCGUGGUCAUGUGACUUCCCCAAUGGACACAUUCAACUAACAUGUGGAGAAUAGAACAGAGAAACUACCUACAGUCAUGAAUUCAUAGCACUGUGGUGGAAAACGGGUAGUUUUUAAGUGGAGGCGGUGAAGGGAGGAAGGAAGGCAGCGAACAUGGCGGCCGCUGUGUUGAUACUCUUCGUCUCCUGUUUGUCCCUCAGUGAAAACCUGGUCUCCGGUGGAAGAUCAUUCUCUAUAGACUACAAAAACGACUGUUUCCUCAAGGAUGGGAAGCCUUUUCAGUUCAUUUCAGGCAGCGUCCACUACUCAAGAAUCCCCCGGCAAUACUGGAAGGACCGGCUCGUAAAGAUGUACAUGACUGGUCUCAAUGCUGUUCAAGUAUAUGUGCCCUGGAACUUCCAUGAAGCUGUACCGGACGUCCACGACUUCACAGCUGACAGAGAUUUGGAGCAUUUUUUGGAUCUGGCCAAUCAGACUGGUCUUCUGGUUAUCCUGCGUCCAGGACCGUACAUCUGUGCAGAAUGGGAAAUGGGUGGAUUACCGGCGUGGCUUCUUCAGAAACCAAACAUCAUACUCCGCUCUGCUGACACGGAUUAUCUGCAGGCAGUCAGUAACUGGCUUGCUGUUCUCCUUCCCAAAAUGAGACCAUGGCUCUAUAUCAAUGGGGGUAACAUCAUCAGUGUCCAGGUGGAGAAUGAAUAUGGAAGCUACUACGCCUGUGACUACAACUACAUGCGUCAGCUGCGGACUCUGUUUCGCCACUUUCUCGGUGAAGACGUGGUGCUGUUCACCACCGACGGGAACACAGACAAGGAAAUGAAGUGCGGUACUCUCGAAGGAUUAUAUGCCACGGUGGACUUUGGCACAGACACCAAUGUAACUGAAGCCUUCAGUCGGCAAAGAAGGUUUGAACCUCAAGGCCCCCUGGUGAACUCGGAGUUCUACACUGGCUGGUUGGACCACUGGGGAGAUCAGCAUGCUGUGGUCAAUACUCAGAAGGUCAGCAAAGUACUAGAAGAGAUGCUAACCAUGGGGGCCAACGUCAACAUGUACAUGUUUGAGGGAGGCACUAACUUUGGCUACUGGAAUGGUGCCGAUCAUGACAACAAGUAUCGCUCAGUCGUGACUAGUUACGAUUACGAUGCCCCGCUAUCUGAGGCAGGAGACCCCACAGAGAAGCUGCUGGCCAUCAGAGAAGUCAUCAAGCAGUUCAGAGAAAUUCCUUCCGGAUCCAUGCCACCAGCAACUCCCAAGUUUGCCUAUGGCUUUGUGACCCUGAGAAAGGUUGGAAGCAUCAAUGAUGUUUUGAACACCAUUUCGCCUCUGGGGCCAGUCAGAUCUCAGGAUCCACUGACGUUUGAAGAGAUAAAGCAGUACUAUGGAUACAUGCUGUAUCGAACCACGCUGCCCCGGGACCUCUCGCAGCCCACGCCACUCAUCUCCCCACUGAAUGGGGUUCAUGACCGUGCAUAUGUGUCCGUCAAUGGGGUUUUCCAGGGCCUGCUGGAAAGAGACAAAGUGCUGGUAAUGAACGUCACUGGACAGCAGGGGGACACAUUGGACAUCCUUAUUGAGAACAUGGGCAGGGUUAACUUUGGCAGCAAAAUCAACGAUUACAAGGGCCUUGUGAGCAACCUGUUUCUGGGUAAAGACCUGUUGACUGAUUGGAGGAUCUAUCCUCUGGAUAUUGAUGGAGCCAUCACUGGCGGAUGGCCGCAAUAUGGACAGUCACUGCCCACUCCUGAGAAGGAAGCCUCAGCUGGACCGACCUUCUACACGGGAACGCUGCAGCCCAACGGCUUAGCGUGGGACACCUUUCUCAGACUUAGUGAAUGGAGAAAGGGUCAGGUUUGGCUGAAUGGUGUGAACCUAGGGCGAUACUGGCCGGCCAGAGGCCCUCAAAUGACUCUCUAUGUCCCAGGAUCUUUACUCAGCACCACCCGACCCAACAAGAUCACAGUGCUGGAGCUGGAGGGGGCACCAGCACACAUGCGGGUUCUGUUCAUGGAUCGGCCUCAGCUCAAUUUCACUGUUGAUAAAUCAUAACAGAGUGCACGGAAUUUUGUACUGUAUGCAAGGAAGCUGAGCAGUUCACCUGCAUUACCUAUGUGCCAUCAUUCUUCUUGAUCAUGCAGAUUUCAGUGGAGUCAAAACCUGCUUUAACAUUUCACACGACAGCUGUUCUGAAUAGUGAAGAAAGCCCCUAUUGUCUGGUCCUGUCACUGCACAUACAAUAAAGUGGAAUAUCAAAAUAAAAAAAUAUAUGCUAGGGAUUAUUCAGAGAAAACUAAAUUUGAAUUUGAUGGUGGUAAUUCAUAUAAUACAGUUUCUAUAGAUUUAAAUUUAUGAUUGAGAAUGGAACUUUUUUAUAAAUUAAAUUAAUUGGUUUUAUUUCAUUUUACAGUGACAACCAAACAAUGCACUGCAGAGAACGCUGACAUUUGUAAAAAAUAGAAUGAGAGAAAUAUUAAGACAACCUGUGGAACAAACUUUAGAAGAGGGAAGUGGAGAAUUGUCUCUGAGAAAAGAGUUACAGGCCAUAGACGUAUUAGUCUCUGGAGGUAGCAUUUUGCUGAAUACUUUUUGUGGUUCUUUCUGUACAUAUCCAUUCUCUAUAUGAAGCUAUGCAGAGUUUUUGACCUUAAAAAAAAUGUGGUGACUGUUGGAAUGUAAAGCAGUCAGUUUGCUGGAUUUAAUCAGUUUGUAUGCAUUGGUUUUCAUAUCUUUUGUUAUUUAAAGAUUUUUUUUAUAUAUAUAUAUAUAUAUAUAUCACAUUCAUUCGGUUUACUUUUGUCUCCUUUUUUCCAUGCUACAAUACAAAAUGACCACAUGUAACAACAACGACAUAUUUGCACUGAUGAAAGUAAAAGAUAUCGACACGUCACGGAAGGAAAAGCUGAUGGCUUAAAUUUUGUUACGUUGAUUCACUUCCAGGGUUUUACUGAUACUGCAAGGAUUUAGCUGAUUGAGGAACAUCAGCAAUCACCCUCCCUCUCACAAUCCAUAGACAGUGUCUGAUUUAUUAGGACAUGAUCCUUUUACUUGGUUAAGACAAAUGGAUUGUGGAGAUGAAACAACAGAUGCUGUAAAAAUGUGUUUUAUUUCCUUGUUCAAGGUAGUUUCUUGUGUGUGUAUAGAUGAUCUCUCUUGAUGUAAAAAGUGCACUGGUUUGAAAAUGGACUGAUACUUGAUAACACAGACAUGAGUCAAUUUACAGUUGACAUUAUCAACUGUAAGAACAACCUCUAGUCCACUGUAAUUCAACUUAAUCUAUAUCUAAUCCCAUCUGGUACAUUGGUUCAGCUUUAGCAAAUAAAUGUAAUUCCACAUUAUA